AGACGUCGCCAGGGACGGCGGCGUCUACAACAUCCGACACAUUGGCAACCUAUGUCACAGACUAUCGUAUGGAGAAUGGCCGAAGAUAUCAUGCUUAUCGAGAAGGCAGCUAUUGGGCAAGUCAGCCCUUGUUCUGGACCAACCGUCCUAAGGAUUAACGGUCCCAACGAUGAACAAUCCUGCGAGGGCGAAAGCCUGUCGCAUACCAUGUACACCCUAACCCUUGAUGGGAAGCUGCAUCUGGCGCCUAUUGAAGCUCCGCGAGAGAUCCUGGAUGUCGGGACUGGCACGGGCACCUGGGCAAUCCAGAUGGCCGAUAAGUUUCCCGAAGCCCAAGUUACUGGAACCGACCUGUCGCCCAUACAACCGGAUCUUGUGCCCUGUAACUGUGUAUUCGAGAUUGACGACGUUUCACUGGACUGGACGUGGGAAGACAAUCAGCUUGACUACGUCCAUGUCCGCGAAAUGUUUGGCUCCAUCAAAGACUGGAAUCUAUUCUGCAGCGAAGCCUACCGAUGCAUUGCGCCUGGCGGUUACAUCGAGAUUAUGGAACACUCGACCUGGCCAACCAUCAACGACCUUUCCGUAAAAUGGGGCAAGACCUUCGACACUUGGAAAGAGAGUAAAGCUCUGCUGGAAAGAGCUGGGUUUGUCGAUGUCGUCGAAAAACGCUUCAAGUGGCCGAUGAAUGGCUGGUCCAAUGACCCGACACUCAAACAACUCGGAGAAUUUAAUCAAAUCCGCUUGGUAGAACAUAUCCAGGGUUUUACCCUGAGGUUAUUGACUGGCGCUGGGGAGUGGCCAUUACCACGUGCUCAUGUUUUCCUUGCCGAGAUGAGAAAUGCUCUGAAAGACACCAAUUGCCAUGCAUAUCAAGACGUGUAA